AUGCCCCUUGCAGAGCAUUUGAUUGCCAAUGACGAGGUGACGCCAUGCAAAAGCAACCGCAGUGUUUCCUUUCACCGCUAUGUUGAGCUCUAUGUGGGUCCUGAGCACGACUGGCAUUUGCAGCAAUGGAAACAUCAGGUGGAAGUUCCAAUCGACCAGAGCAAACUUUUCAGACCCCUUGGGCACCUUUUGGGAGAUGAAGUUUCGUUCAUGGCCAUGGGCACCACCUAUCCACAACAUGGAGUUUAUGAAGAGCAACCAUCACCUCUCACGGAAGAUCGUCAAAUUGCGCCUGAUUUUGACGACAUGCAAAAUGAAAUUGAAGUCGAAGUUGAACCAGCACCUCCAGAUGAUGAAUCCUCCAAUAGUGAAACAUCCAAUGAGCAUGACUGGUUUGCAACGAUUCUCUUCGCCACUGACUUCCAACCAGCGCCUCUACGAGUUGAUUGGAAUGAUUAUGAAACUAUGCACUCUGACGCUGCGGAGAUUUUUGGCGUCACAAGCCAUCAACUGCUUACCCUGCACCAUGCUGGCACGCCGCCGCAGGACAUGUAUGAUGCUGGAGUUGAAGCGUUGAUUGGACAUCGUCAUGAUGACUUAGCGCCUGGCUGCACCUUCAGGUCCUCAUUGACGUCGAGUUCCAUGCGGCUGCGCCAGAGGAGCAGCCAGAAGUUGUCAGACGAGCUGCCAGAGUGCCGAGACAAAUUGGCAGGCUGA